GAGAUGAAGACGCGACGUCUUCAAACGCUCAGUCGUCUCCAGGAUGCCGAGAUCCGUGGAGAGGCCGCAGAGAAGCCCCGUUUCCGCACUGGCAUGAACUCUCGUGAGGGUGCGGGAAGGGACCCCCCGAUUUCGGAGCACCAGCGCGCGGUGGAGAUGAAG